AAUGUUCCUGCUUUGACAGAGGAGGAGAAAGACAAGAAGCAUAUCCCAGGAGCUAAGAAACUUCCAGGGCCUGCUGUCAACUUGUCAGAGAUUCAGAACAUAAAGAGUGAGCUGAAAUUUGUCCCCAGAGCUGAACAGUAG